AUGGUGGACAACCAGAGCUUGGCCCCAUCUUCCCACGCAAGACCCAGCCUGAAGUGGACCAGCCAGCUCCAUGAGCGCUUCCUCGAGGUGGUCUCCCGGCUCGGCGGCGCGAGCAGUAAGUGCCCGUCGGAGUUUUCGGCCCUCCGGUGGGUUCCGGCGAUCACAAUCGGUGUCUGUUUAUUUGAAUGCAGAGGCGACGCCCAGGUCGGUGGAGAGGUUGAUGGGCGCCUCCGGCCUCACCCUCUACCAGCUGAAGAUCCAGUUGCAGGCACGCCUCGUCUUCCUCCUCAAUCUCCCGUGAAAAUCGGCUGCCGCUGUCUGGUCCUUUACGCUUCUCCAAUUGCAGAAGUACAGGCUCGCCAUGAAGCGCGGUUCCGAAGCCUCCAGCCAUGGCAGGGAAGAAGAAGGUGGUGGCGACGGGAGGUUCCUAGAACACCAGAGGGCCCGCCAAACUCCCAUGGAGUUUCGGAGGAAAUCUGAAGAACGGCUUGAGGUGAGCCUGACCUUCUUUCUCUCCUUCCUUCCGACUGUUGAGAACGAACAGUCGCAGAGACGCUCAUCUUCCCUCCCUCCGUCUUGAAUCUCCAGGUGCAGAGACACCUGCAGCUGCGGAUAGAAGCGCAGGGGAGGUAUUUACAGUCGGUGCUGGAGAGAGCUCGCGAGAUGCUCGAGAUGGACGCCGCAGAUUCCCAACCGUCGCCGGCGGCGGACGCCGACUGCCUGAGCUCCGACGGCAGCUGCCUGACGGAGAACGACGGGGCAAGCGGCUAGAAAGCGGAUACGUACGUCGCGCCGGAGCGACGGCGAGGACUCCGGCGGCGCGGUUCUAGGAGGAGAGGAGCAUCCGCAGAAAAUCCCCCUCAGUCCUCAAGAAUCUCGUGCAGUCCCUGCAUUUAG